AUGGCGCCAUCCCUCGAACAAAGCGACUCGGUCGACGACGUGCUCUCCAACCCCCUCAAGCAGAAGCCGCAGCUCGUCGCCCCGGAGCCGGAGCACUGUCCCGGGCCGGAAUCUGAGCAGGCCGGCUCAGCAGACUCGUGCGCGGGGUGCCCGAACCAGGCCAUCUGCGCGUCGGCGCCCAAGGGCCCCGACCCCGACAUCCCAGUCAUCUCGUCGCGCCUCGAGAAUGUCAAGCGCAAGAUCCUCGUCCUCAGCGGCAAGGGCGGCGUCGGCAAGAGCACCUUCACGUCGCUGCUCGCGCACGCCUUCGCGACCAACCCGGACAGCAACGUCGGCAUCAUGGACACGGACAUCUGCGGCCCGAGCAUACCCAAGAUGAUGGGCGUCGAGGACGAGACCAUACACGUCAGCGGCUCCGGCUGGACGCCGGUCUGGGUCAUGGACAACCUGGCCGUCAUGAGCAUCCAGUUCAUGCUGCCCAGCCGCGACGAGGCCGUCAUCUGGCGCGGGCCCAAGAAGAACGGCCUGAUCAAGCAGUUCCUCAAGGACGUGGAAUGGGGCGACCUGGACUUUAUGCUCGUCGACACGCCACCGGGCACCAGCGACGAGCACCUGAGCGUAAACUCGUUUCUCAAGGAGAGCGGCAUCGACGGCGCCGUCGUCGUCACCACACCGCAGGAGGUCUCGCUACUCGACGUGCGCAAGGAGCUCGACUUUUGCCGCAAAGCAGGCAUUCGCAUUCUAGGCCUGGCCGAGAACAUGAGCGGCUUCGUAUGCCCCAACUGCAAGAACGAAAGCCAAAUAUUCAAGGCCAGCACAGGCGGCGGCCGCGCCCUCGCCGAGGAGAUGGGCAUACCGUUCCUUGGUGCUGUCCCGCUGGAUCCUCGCAUUAGAAUGGCAUGCGACUACGGAGAGAGUUUCUUUGAUUCGUUUCCAGAUAGCCCCGCGUGCAAGGCCUUCCAAGGGGUGGUACGCAACCUAGCGAAGCAACUGGGGCUGGAUACAAAGAAUAUAUUACCAGAAUAA